UUUUACUACUAUCUGGGUGACAAGUGAAAUCGGUGUAAUUAUUUAUUUAUAAUAGGAUUACUUUACAAAAAUGUCGUUUUUCGGAGUAGGGAAUCCUUUUGCUACGCCGGUUGGGCAAAAAAUAGAACAAGCUACAGAUGGAUCACUCCCGUCGGAAAAUUGGGCUCUUAACAUGGAAAUAUGUGAUAUUAUUAAUAGUAGUACAGAUGGGCCUAAGGAUGCCAUAAAGGCUAUUCGUAAAAGAUUAACCCAAAGCGCUGGAAAGAACUACACCAUAGUUAUGUACACAUUAACUGUGCUCGAAACCUGUGUGAAAAAUUGUGGAAAGAGUUUUCACGUGCUAGUUUGCAGCAAGGAAUUCAUUUCUGAACUGGUAAAACUUAUUGGGCCUAAAAACGAUCCACCGACAGUGGUACAAGAGAAGGUGCUUAGUCUCAUCCAAUGCUGGGCUGACGCAUUCCAAAACCAACCUGAAUUACAAGGAGUAGGUCAAGUGUACAAUGAGUUACGUACCAAAGGUGUCGAGUUCCCCAUGACCGAUUUAGACGCUAUGGCGCCUAUUUUUACGCCUCAAAGGAGUGUACCAGACGGAGGUGAAGCCAUUGUUGGAUCACCUCAGCGCGCUGCCAACCUGCAGAACUCGCCCAGUCGGCCCACGCAGGAACAGAUUACUGGCACGGUGACGCUCUCAGAGAGUCAGACUAGCAAGCUACGCGCCGACCUGUCAGUGGUGGAGGGCAACAUGGCGGUCAUGAACGACAUGCUCACCGAGCUCACGGCUCAGCCCUACCAUAAGCACCAUGACGCAGACGUCGAGCUACUUAAUGAGCUGGCGGACACCCUGAAGGCCAUGCAGACCCGCGUGGCGGAGCUGGUGGCGCGGCUGGCGGGCGAGAGCGCGCUCACCGCCGAGCUGCUGCUCACCAACGACCGCCUGCACAACCUGCUGCUGCGCCACUCGCGCUUCCUCAACAACAGGUACGCAAUUGCCGCAACAGGCGGAGCAACUCCGUCCGCCAUCUUGGGAGCUGCUAUGGGUGUUCCGGGUACUACUUCGCCUAAGAAAGAAGAUGAUGCUCUCAUCGAUCUAAGUGACGACGUACCAGAUGUAGCUAAACUCUCUGUGAAAGACGAGCAGGCAGACAAAUCUCCGAGCAGUUCCAAGGACGAAUUCGACAUGUUCGCGCAGUCGCGGAACGUCACCUAUGAGAGCGCUAAGUCUGGAGGUAGCAGCUACGCCGACAACGCGGAAGAGCCGGCCAGCGGCGGACUGGCGGCCGCCGUGCAGCUGCGCCCCACCGCCGCGCUCCCGACUGGAAUGGAUCAGAGAGAGUUCGAUGAGAUAUCAGCUUGGUUAGCGCAGGAGAAGGCGGCUUCAGAAGCAAAUGGAGCUCAGGAAAGCGUCACAAGCAGCGAUUUUGAUAAAUUCCUGGCAGAGCGAGCCGCCGCCGCUGAUAGCCUGCCCAGUGCUGAGAGGGGCGAAAGGGGCGCCCCUCGACACCGACAGAUCAAGAAGGAUGAUGACUCCAUGUUCGCGCUCUGAUGGGCCUCCCAUACUCACACACGCACUUCCCCGCUAAUAUUUGUUUGAGACCAACCACGCAACACACGGGCGUAGCAAGAUCCAUACAAAAGAAAUCGACUUUUCUCUUACUAUAUAUAAAAAUAUAGGGUUGCCAUCAUCAGCAGGAACCAGAUAAACAUUUUGAUAUCUCGGAUAUUUGAAUUAAUUUAUUUCGAAAACUUCAAAAAAUGACUAAGUUCAAUUAUUGCAAUUCAAUAUUGGAGUUUUUAAAAUAGUUUUUAAAUUAUCUUUUAUUCUAUUUAAUAGAAUUAUUUAAACCAGAAAUUUUAAAACUA